AUGGCUUUUAACUCUGGUGGUCGAAUUACACGCUCCGUAAGCUCCAAUAUUAGGUUAAGCUACUUCCACAAUGUGGGUUUCACCUCACUAAUUGGCAAGACCAUUGGGCAGGUCAUGGAUGAAACAACUGAGAAAUUCCCUGACAGGGACGCGCAUGUGUUCCUCAGAGAUGGAAUACGAAGAACCUUCGAAGACUUUCGAGAGGAGACUGAAAAGAUUGCGCUUGGACUUCUAGCUGUUGGCAUUAAGAAGGGAGACCGAGUUGGUAUAUGGGAGCCUUCAACUCUAGAAUGGGUGCUCACACAGUUUGCCACGUCACGCAUUGGUGCCAUCAUGGUCAGCGUAAAUCCCGUCUACCGAGUGCAUGAGCUGGAGUAUGCUCUCAAAAUGUCUGAAUGUAAAGCCGUCGUAUGCGACAAAACUUUCCGGACAUUAGACUACUAUGCAAUGCUUCGCGAAGUCUGUCCCGAACUUGAAAAUGACAAGCCAGGACAACUCAAAAGUGCGAAACUUCCAGCUUUACGAUCCGUCAUCUUCAGGGGCGAGGACAAUUUGCCUGGGACGUUCAACUUCAAUGACCUGUAUCACAUGGGCGGCAGCACUGAGGAGGAACAGAGGGACGACUAUGGGAAAAGGACACAGUUUGAUGAGCCCAUCAAUAUAAUGUUUACCUCGGGUACCACAGGUUUUCCUAAAGGCGCCACAUUGACGCAUCAUAAUGUUAUCAACAAUGCAUUUAACGUAGGACAUACGAUGGGCUAUCACGAAGAGCACCACCGUAUUUGUGUUCCCGUGCCACUGUUCCACACUUUCGGCACGGUUUGUUCCUCGCUCUGUGGACUGGUGCAUGGGGCUACUUGUGUUUUCCCUUCACCUGGGUUUGACGCCAAGGCAGCCCUCCAGGCAGUCUCCGAAGAGAGAUGUACAUCCCUCUAUGGCACACCAACCAUGUUCAUUGACUACCUGAAUCAUCCUAGGCUGCCCGAGUGUAACUUUUCAAGUCUUUCUACGGGCAUUCUGGGUGGUUCGCCUUGUCCUGUUGAAACAGUGAAACAGUGCAUGACCCGCCUCAACAUGAAGAAUAUCACUUUGAAGAUUAUCGAUGUGCAAUCUGGGGAAAUCGUGCCACGCAACAUGUCCGGUGAGCUCUGCAGUCGAGGAUACACCACCAUGAUCGGCUACUGGAAUAACAAGGAGAAGACUGAUGAAGUUAUCGAUGCCGUGAGAUGGUUCCACACAGGGGAUAUUGCUGUGAUGAAUGACGAGGGCUAUGUGUCCAUUGUGGGACGCAGCAAAGACGUCAUCAUUAGAGGAGGGGAGAACAUCUAUCCAGUGGAGAUCGAGAACUUUCUGUACAUACACCCCAAAAUCAACGAUGUCCAGGUAAUCGGUGUUCCAGAUGAGUGUCUUGGUGAGAUUGUGUGUGCCUGGGUGAAGCUGAAGGAAGGACAAACAGCAACGGAAGGAGAAAUCAAGCAAUUCUGCAAAGGAGAGAUAGCUCACUUCAAAAUCCCAAAGAUGAUUCACUUUGUGUCUCAGUUCCCACUGACCAUAUCCGGCAAAGUGCAAAAGUUCAAGAUGCGGGACGAGAUGAAGAGAAUUAUGUAGCACCUAGGUUAUGGACUUCAAUAAGGGUCUGAGGAGUCGAAAAAUGAUAAUAUUACCAAGCAAAAUCGGAUGGGUUGGGGAUACUUGUACCCCUUAUUUGUAACUGCUUUAUUUUUCAUACUUUUUUACACACGCCUUGAAAUCAUAUUCGAAACUGGGUCCCUAGAUCAUGAAAUGAGGGAUUUCCAAACGUUUAGCAAGAAAACGAAUGUGAAUACUCUAACCUUAGGCCUUGCAUCGGACAAAUUGAUGUUUCCGUAUAUAAGGAAAUGGAGUUACACUUUAAAAGUCGGCAUGCAGAUGGUCUCAACUCAGCUUUGGGACCAAUUAAAACAAACGCUGUAAAUGAGAGUGUUACCAGUCAUACCUCAGCAGCUGCUGUAAUUCAGAUCUAUCAGGUGUUUCUUUGCC